UCUUUCCCAGCAAAACAAUUCUUACCCUUUUGUUUCAUUUUUUUACUCUUUCUCUUUCUCUCUCUCUCUCUCUCUCUCUCUCUCUCUCUCUCUCUCUCUCUCUCUCUCUCUCUCUCUGAGUGAGUAUUUGUCUUUUUGUUGUUGUUGUUGUUGUUGUUCUCUGGUUUUAUUUCUUUUUUUUUUUUUUUUAUAAAAAUGGCUCCUUCUGUGAUUUCUCCCAAACAUCAACAUCUCUCUCCCAAUCCCCCUUCUUCUUCUUCUUCUUCCACUACUACCGCCAUCAACCUUCCUCAUUCCUCUUCCUCUGCAGCUGAACUCGGUUGCGUAAACUGCCGUUGUUCUUCCAAUAAGGAUGCAAACGAAAGCGCCCAUUUAGACGAUCCCUCUCAAGACCUUGCCGACUCCAUAUCCAAUCUUGUUUUAAAUCCCCAGUUUAACUCUCUCAACCUUGAUCUUCAUCUUUUGCACGACAACAUCACCAUCGAUCGUAUUCCCAAACUUCCUGCUCGUAAUGUCUCCUUCGCUCCCUUAACUCCCGAGGCCAAAGCCGCCGAUUCCUUCCAUUCAAGUCCUCUUAUUUCUGAGAAAAUGCCUCCUUCUUUUGUCCAACCUCAUCCCCCUUUCCACGUCUUUCCUUCUCCCGUCAUCAACAUCCGCGAACUCACAAAACCCAAUGCAUACAAGCGCGUUUUCCAUUUCGAAAUCGACGUUUCCCACUACCCACUUCCUGAAGGCGAAGAAUGGAUGGUCGGCGGUUCCUUUGGUCUCAUGGCUCCCAACGAUGAUGCCGUCGUUAACCAUUUGCUUCACCUUUUGCAAAUCCCCGAUGAUGUCGCCGAUGCCCCCAUCCUUUUAAAGACAAACGGCGGACGCUGGCCCACCAUAUGGGCCGAAGACGUUCCUCGAGAACUUCCCACUACUCGUCGCGAAUUACUCAAAUGGUCUUCCGAUUUCAUGUCCGCUCCCCCUAAAAAGCAAUUAAUUCGUUUGUUAGCUGAAUAUGCCCAAAACCCCACCGAAAAGAAAAUCCUCUUGUUUCUCGUUAGCCGCCUCGGUCAACGUGCUUUUUGUGAUUUGAGAGUUAAUAACAACGUUACUCUCCUUACUCUUUUAGAAGCCUUCCCUAGCAUCAGGCUUCCUUUGGAUCACUUGCUAAGUGUUUUGCCCCAAUUAAUGCCAAGAUGGUAUUCUUUGUCCAACGAUCCCGCUCAGCAUAAUGGAGUUUUGGAGUUCGCUGUUGCUCUCGUGGAAAUUGAAAAGGUCGGUGGCGGUGUCCAUUACGGAAUCGGUUCUGGCUUCUUGUAUCAGUUAGCAAAGCAAUGGAUGGACGGUAAAAGAGAUUUGGUUCUGCCCAUGUUUCGUGGUUUGCAUAGAAACGCUUUUGUUACUCACUUUACUUCUGAUGGCCCCAUGUGUCUCAUUGGCACUGGUGUCGGCAUUGCUCCUUUCCGUGGUUUCGUUCAACGUCGUCUCAUGAAUGCUUCCUGUGCCGGAAAAGUUUGGAUCUUCCAUGGCUGCCGUGACUCCGAAUUAGAUGAAUUGUAUCAUGGCGAAUGGGAAAAUCCAUCUGACAACUCGCGUUCAAACUCCCCUCGUCCUCAGGAUAAGCAAAACAAUACCGAGGUAGAUACCUUGGAAUUCCAUAACGAUGCAAGAGAAGGUCCCCAUCACAUGGUCGUCGAAUCUCGUUCACGCAGAAAGGUAUACGUACAAGACGAAUUGCGAAUGAAAGGUGAUAUUGUUUGGAAUGUCUUGAAUCAUCCAAACGGUAAAAUUUAUCUUUGUGGUGGUAAACAGGGCUUAUUGCGCGGUGUUGAUGAAGCAUUAAAGGACAUUUGCAUGAAAUAUGGAAAUUUGUCUCAAAAUGAAGCUGCGAACCAAUUGGCAGCUUGGCAGAAUCCUCUUUCCUUGAAAUACAUUAAGGAAAUCUGGUAAUGUAUCUUUAUAGAAUAAUUGUUCAUUGUUUUCCACCUGUAUUAUGAUGAGUCUUAUACGUCUAUUUCAGGUUAAUUGUUUUUAUUCCCCUUUCUUUUCACUCCAGCGACAAACUUUUUGUUUUAAAACUUAUGAUGCUUAUUUUCUUUUUUUUUUGUUCUCUGAGCCUUUUGUAUACUUGGGUUUGGGUUUAUAUUUUAUACGCUCCUUGAUUUCAUUACUUUGAUCAGCAUAAAUAAC